CCCUAUUCUCUCUCCACAUUCUUAGCUAGCCAAACUCAUCAGCCGCCCCUCUUUCUUUCUUUCUCUGAUCUCUUCUUUCCUCUCCUCAUACCCUAUGUUUCUUUCCCUCAUACCACCACCAUCUUCGUCAGCUCCAUCUCCCCUCACCCAAAAACAGCCAGACCCCGUCAUCCCUUCCUCACCAUCUUCGACCUCAACGGUCCUACCCGGGUCGUGAGGACCCAAGUGCAAGUGUCCGAAUCACCCAAGCCCAUCUCGGCCUCCCUCGUGUGUGACCCCGAAGCCAGGUGACGCGACCCCAACUUAGCCCUCACCACCAUCUGACCACCCUUGAGCCACCUCACCUCGCCUGUUUUCACACCAAACCACGACCAAACCAGGAGUGAUUUCUGCCUCUCUUCUCUUAUUUUCACAUGUAUAUAUAUUUUACCCUAACAGAGAUGGUCAAUGGCAACAACGCCUUUGGGAAAACCAUUUUCUCAAUCUGCUACGAAGAUCUCAAGGCCAUUGUUGAAGAUCUUCAAGCUAUAUCCAUUUGCGGCCAUGUCUUCCACGAGCUAUGGUUGGUCUUGGAAUGACUGGGAAAGGACAACAAAGAGCUCAAACAGGAGUGGAGUCAUUGUAACUGAAGAGGAAGCACAAGCUGGAUUUGUUUGCCGAGUGCAGUCAUCUGACAAAAGCAAGUUUAAGGUUUGUGUAAUCUUUGGUGUUGAAUUUCAAAAUUUCUGUAGAGACAAGACCUAGGGAGGCUAAAAAACAGGACAAGUUUUCUAAUCAUAUUCCAAAAUGGUAGUAGCUUGGUUUGGGUCAAAGACUGACCUUGUUGAUAACAUUCUAAGGUACCAAUCUUUUAAUUUUUAGUGCAGGUAUAGGAAGAACUGGAGCAUAUUGUGUAAUUCAUAGACAGCAAGAGCCAUAAAAUUGUAGAACAUAUGAAUGAGCGACUAGAUAUUGCUCUAAAGUUUUUUUCUUUUUUUGUAAAUGGCAAAUACAUGUUUAUAUAUAUAUAUAUUAUGAAAGAAACAAAACAGUCCCGACCCUUACAUUCUACGUUCCUUCACUGCAGGUUACUAGAAAAGCACGUUCCUUCAAUGCAGUAACAUGAACUUUUGAUGUAGUGUGUAGAUUUGUAUAUGUGAUUAGUUUGUAUAAUAUUUUAGAUUUUGUAUUGUAAACACUUAAAUUGUAUAUAAUAUAGCUCAUUAAUUUUAUAAAAAGUAGUUUGGGUA